CUUGGACCUCGGCCCCCACCCCCGAGCCCACCGCGGCCCCAGAGCCCCGGGAGGAGCCGGGCACUUCCUCGGCCCUCCGGCCUGGGGCAGGGGCCGGGACGCGGUGGGAGUGCAGCGGGGGCGGCACCGCCCGAGGGGGCGGGCCCCAAACUUUCGUGCGCAUUGAAAGCUGCUGGCCCAGCGGGGCGGACUCCACCCCUGCCCGGCAGCCCAGCGCCUCCGGCCUCACAUCCAGCUCUCUGCGCAGCCCGCCGCGCAGCCCGCCGCCCCAGCCAUGGCGAAGCCCCUGACUGACCAGGAGAAGCGGCGGCAGAUCAGCAUCCGCGGCAUCGUGGGCGUGGAGAACGUGGCAGAGCUGAAGAAGAGCUUCAACCGGCACCUGCACUUCACGCUGGUCAAGGACCGCAACGUGGCCACCACCCGCGACUACUACUUCGCGCUGGCGCACACGGUGCGCGACCACCUGGUGGGGCGCUGGAUCCGCACGCAGCAGCACUACUACGACAAGUGCCCCAAGAGUCUCACUCUCGCCCAGGCUGGAGUGCAGUGGCGCCAUCUUGGCUCACUGCAUCCUUUGCCUCCAGGGUUGAAGCGAUUCUCCUGCCUCAGCCUCUCGAGUAGCUGGGACUACAGGCCCCUACCACCACACCUGAGGGUUUAUUACCUCUCUCUGGAAUUUUACAUGGGCCGAACAUUACAGAACACCAUGAUCAACCUCGGUCUGCAAAAUGCCUGUGAUGAGGCCAUUUACCAGCUUGGAUUGGAUAUAGAAGAGUUAGAAGAAAUUGAAGAAGAUGCUGGACUUGGCAAUGGUGGUCUUGGGAGACUUGCUGCCUGCUUCUUGGAUUCCAUGGCAACCCUGGGACUUGCAGCCUAUGGAUAUGGCAUUCGGUAUGAAUAUGGGAUUUUCAAUCAGAAGAUCCGAGAUGGAUGGCAGGUAGAAGAAGCAGAUGAUUGGCUCAGAUAUGGAAACCCUUGGGAGAAGUCCCGCCCAGAAUUCAUGCUGCCUGUGCACUUCUAUGGAAAAGUAGAACACACCAACACCGGGACCAAGUGGAUUGACACUCAGGUGGUCCUGGCUCUGCCAUAUGACACCCCGGUGCCCGGCUACAUGAAUAACACUGUCAACACCAUGCGCCUCUGGUCUGCUCGGGCACCGAAUGACUUUAACCUCAGAGACUUUAAUGUUGGAGACUACAUUCAGGCUGUGCUGGACCGAAACCUGGCCGAGAACAUCUCCCGGGUCCUCUACCCCAAUGACAAUUUUUUUGAAGGGAAGGAGCUAAGACUGAAGCAGGAAUACUUUGUAGUGGCUGCAACCUUGCAAGAUAUCAUCCGCCGUUUCAAAGCCUCCAAGUUUGGCUCCACCCGUGGUGCGGGAACUGUGUUUGAUGCCUUUCCAGAUCAGGUGGCCAUCCAGCUGAAUGACACUCACCCUGCACUCGCCAUCCCUGAGCUGAUGAGGAUUUUUGUGGAUAUUGAAAAACUGCCCUGGUCCAAGGCGUGGGAGCUCACCCAGAAGACCUUCGCCUACACCAACCACACAGUGCUCCCGGAAGCCCUGGAGCGCUGGCCCGUGGACCUGGUGGAGAAGCUGCUCCCUCGACAUUUGGAAAUCAUUUAUGAGAUAAAUCAGAAGCAUUUAGAUAGAAUUGUGGCCUUGUUUCCUAAAGAUGUGGACCGUCUGAGAAGGAUGUCUCUGAUAGAAGAGGAAGGAAGCAAAAGGAUCAACAUGGCCCAUCUCUGCAUUGUCGGUUCCCAUGCUGUGAAUGGCGUGGCUAAAAUCCACUCAGACAUCGUGAAGACUAAAGUAUUCAAGGACUUCAGUGAACUAGAACCUGACAAGUUUCAGAAUAAAACCAAUGGGAUCACUCCAAGGCGCUGGCUCCUACUCUGCAACCCAGGACUUGCAGAGCUCAUAGCAGAGAAAAUUGGAGAAGACUAUGUGAAAGACCUGAGCCAGCUGACCAAGCUCCACAGCUUCCUGGGUGAUGAUGUCUUCCUCCGGGAACUCGCCAAGGUGAAGCAGGAGAAUAAGCUGAAGUUUUCUCAGUUCCUGGAGACCAAGUACAAAGUGAAGAUCAACCCAUCCUCCAUGUUUGAUGUCCAGGUGAAGAGGAUACACGAGUACAAGCGACAGCUCUUGAACUGUCUGCAUGUGAUCACGAUGUACAACCGCAUUAAGAAAGACCCUAAGAAGUUAUUCGUGCCAAGGACAGUUAUCAUUGGUGGUAAAGCUGCCCCAGGAUAUCACAUGGCCAAAAUGAUCAUAAAGCUGAUCACUUCAGUGGCAGAUGUGGUGAACAAUGACCCCAUGGUUGGAAGCAAGUUGAAAGUCAUCUUCUUGGAGAACUACAGAGUAUCUCUUGCUGAAAAAGUCAUUCCAGCCACAGAUCUGUCAGAGCAGAUUUCCACUGCAGGCACCGAAGCCUCGGGGACAGGCAAUAUGAAGUUCAUGCUAAAUGGGGCCCUAACCAUCGGGACCAUGGAUGGGGCCAACGUGGAAAUGGCAGAAGAAGCCGGGGAAGAGAACCUGUUCAUCUUUGGCAUGAGGGUAGAUGAUGUGGCUGCUUUGGACAAGAAAGGGUACGAGGCAAAAGAAUACUAUGAGGCACUUCCAGAGCUGAAGCUGGUCAUUGAUCAAAUUGACAAUGGCUUUUUUUCUCCCAAGCAGCCUGACCUCUUCAAAGAGAUCAUCAACAUGCUAUUUUAUCAUGACAGGUUUAAAGUCUUUGCAGACUAUGAAGCCUAUGUCAAGUGUCAAGAUAAAGUGAGUCAGCUGUACAUGAAUCCAAAGGCCUGGAACACAAUGGUACUCAAAAACAUAGCUGCCUCGGGGAAAUUCUCCAGUGACCGAACAAUUAAAGAAUAUGCCCGGAACAUCUGGAACGUGGAACCUUCAGAUCUAAAGAUUUCUCUAUCCAAAGAAUCUAACAAAGUCCAUGGACACUGAACUCUAAAAUGUCUCUAGAAAACAUAGCUUCUUACUGAACUUGAACAUUUUUACGACAUUCACUGGUUAUUGUUUUGUUAGCUAAUAAUCUAUAAUAGUUGAGUAUCUUUGGGAAUGGGGAGGGAAAUUAUAUGUAAUAGAGCUUAAAAAUAUGAAGUGUCAAUUUCCAAGGGCUACAUGAGUGCCAAAACUUAUUUUGUAGCAAAUCUAGUGAUGCUUUGCUACUGCUAGGAUUUACCCCAAAACUAGUCAUAAAAUUAGAAAACUGCUUAGAACUUUCAAAUGCCAUUUAAAUGAACUAAACUAAAAUACAAAAAACGUAACUACGUAGAAGCAACUUUCUUACACUUCUAACUGAGUCCAAACCAAAGACCAAUGUCUUAGUCCGUGUGGGCCGCUAAAACAAAAUGGCAUAAAGUGGGUAGCUUAUAAACAACAGAAAUUUAUUUCUCACAGUUCUGGGGGCUGGAAAGUCCAACAGCAAGCCACUGGCCGAUUCAGUGCCUGAUGAGGGCUACUUUGGUUCAUAGAUGAAGCCUUCUCACUGUAUCCUCAAAUGGUAGGAGGAGUGAAGAGCUCUUUUGGCCAUAAUUUAUCAGGGCACUAAUCUCAUUCAUGAGAGCUCAACCCCACCUCCUAUUACCAUCACACUGGUGAUUAGGUUUCAACAUAAUUUGGGGGGCAGGCCCAGAUAUUCAGACCAUAGCAACUACCUUAUUCACAAAUAUCCAUAGAAUGUUUGAUAACUACAUAUUUUUAGAUAGGAUCUAGAUUUUACCAAAUUCUGGUUCUCCACAGUGAGGUUUCAGUAUGUUUUACAAAGUAGAUUAUGAUAAGCCAAACAAGAACAUUCCAUACUGCCUAACAUUCGUACUUUCUGUUGUUAAAAUGGCAAGUGAUUUGUAGAGAAGUCAAUGGCUUCAGCUCAUCCGACCAGCCCAGUACAAUUUUACAUUAAAACAAUACACAUCACAGGUGGUGUUUGGACCAAGUCUUCAUUGAAGAUUUCCACUCCUCCCAGACUCAUGACCAUUGCUUGCUCAGGAAAUCUCUGUAGAAAAAGGACCCAGAUCAGCUCACACCCUUUCCCUACCUAAAUAAGCAAAAUAUUAUACAUUUUCGUGUUGUGGCCUAAGUAAGCCAGAGCAGCCCUAAUUGCCUUGAAGGGCAACAUACAUUUAGCAAAGCGACUCUUACCUCACGGUUAUUAACAGUGUGGGGCUUUUACAAAGCAGGUUGUGUUGGAAGCCAGGAGGAAAGAUAACCAUCUUGACCCUCUCUUUGUUCCUGUAUGCAUUGCAUGCAAUUUCAUAGACCUGUAAGGGACAGAAAGAGACUCAAAGGCUGGCCAUUCAAAGCUGUAGAUUUCUCUAGUCCGAUUUCCCUAAAAGUGCACAGAAACAGCUAACUUGGGGAGUUUGUUCCAUUAAGCCAGAGACACAAAAACUCUCCAUGUCCCAGUUGGCUGUCUCUACAGCUAAAGAUCUGAAUGCUGCUCAGCUAAUAUAGAAUACUGAUAAAACCUCAUCCUUCCCUGCUUGAACCUCCCUGCAAAAUGACAAGGAAUUGCUAUGGACCCACUCUAGUAGAAGUUUGUUUAAAAGGAAAAAGUCUGUAUCUUCCAUUUUAGAUUCACUACAGUAGAGAUGACAUGGAGGUUCCCACAGCAGCCUGGGAUACCCUACACUUGCAGCUCCACACAACCCAGAUGAGGAGCCAGGCUCUGCCACAAACACUCCUUUGAGCUAAGUAGCCAAGGACGCUGAUGCCCAUUUGAUAAAACUAUAGAGGCUAUUCAGGGGUGUAGAGAAUCUCCUAUAAUGUCAGAGACCCUCCUUUCGGCUCUAAUCAAAGUUUGGCUGAAUGAAAAGGUGAAAUGAGUAUAGUAUAUUUCAGUCAGCAUUGAGCCCUUAGUUUACCUUUUUCCCAUACUCCAAAGGCACUGUCCUGUCAUCCUCUCCAUGUAAGAUGAGAAGAGGAGAAGAAAGGAAUUUAACACUAGGGACAAGUAGAAGAAAAGCAUUCAGUUAAAGAAUUAUACAUUGAGAUUUCUCCUCUUCUAAGUUAAAGCUUUAGCAAAACAUGAGGCCUGUCUAAAUUACAAGAAAUUUCUUUCCUUCCUUCCAAGGAAUAACAAUAUCAUACAUUUAAAAAUUUCACAUAGUAGCUUUUUUACUCCAUGCAAGUUUCCCUCUCUCCCAUUUACUCAUGCAAUUUAACUGGCUGUUUAAUUAAUUUACUUCUGCAUGAUUUUUGGAAAUACUAAAAAAAAAAAAAAAAAAAAAAAAACACUGAAACACUGAUUUUGUACAGUGUUAGAAGAACCUUAUAUUCUUCUUUGCUCCACCUAUUUUGUAACAUCUGAAAUAUUUUAUUAAAAGACUAGAAAAGAAAACAAAACUCAAAACCUCAAUAAAACAAAAACUAUGACAGAA